AUGGCGACAGUCAUCAAGCUAGAUCAACCAGCCAGCCAGAUCAACCAGCCAGCCAGAUCAACCAACCAUCCAGCCGGAUCAACCAGCCAGCCAGAUCAACCAUCCAGCCAGAUCGACAAGCCAGCCAGAUCGACCAUCCAGCCAGAUCAACCAGCCAACCAGAUCAACCAUCCAGCCAGAUCAACAAGCCAGCCAGAUCAACCAGUCAACCAGAUCAACCAGCCAGACAGAUCAACAAGCCAGCCAGAUCAACCAGCCAGCCAGAUCAACCAGCAAGCCAGAUCAACCAGCAAGCCAGAUCAACCAUCCAGCCAGAUCAACCAGCCAGCCAGAUCAACCAGCCAACCAGAUCAACCAGCCAACCGGAUCAACCAGCCAGACAGAUCAACCAUCCAGCCAGAUCAACCAGCCAGCCAGAUCAACCAGCAAGCCAGAUCAACCAUCCAGCCAGAUCAACCAGCAAGCCAGAUCAACCAUCCAGCCAGAUCAACAAGCCAGCCAGAUCGACCAGCCAGCCAGAUCAACCAGCCAGCCAGAUCCACCAUCAAGCCAGAUCAACCAGCCAGCCAGAUCAACCAGCCAACCUGA